GUUGGCAGAAGUGGCAUCUGGAUGGAGUUCAGCUGCAGCGGCGACCUUGCAGGGAUCGCCCUCAAAGGAGGGAGAAUUGAGCUUGUCCUGAGCCUAUGGCAUCACUGCCAUUACUUCCCCAAACUGUGACACUGCAGAAGGUUGCAUCCGUGGCAUCGGAUCAGCCUGUUGAAUGAGCAUCGGGGUGAGCAUAAAACUCAUGGGCUGCUGUGGGACUGCAGAGACUUCAUGGUGGGCUCUUCUGAGAGCAGCUGUAAGCCCGAGCUGGCAUUUGGAAACUGGAAGUAAGACAACGGUUGACUUCAGAGAUGUCUCUCGUGGAAAGAAAGAGAGUGCCAAAAUGGGACUCGGCAGGAAGACAGGACCAAGAUGUGCCUGAGAGGUCAGGAGCGAAGGUGGAGGAGCUGGAUCCAAAGGGCCGUGGGCCAGGGGGCAGAGCGGAGGAAAAGCAAGAGGGGAAGGAAAACUCUCGGAUUACCCAGUGUGGAGCCACUGAGGACUUGCUGAGGUGGCCGCCACUCCCUCUGGUGAAGCAAGAACCGGAUGACAAACUGACUGAGCAUUGGGAAGCCCGGUGGCAAGAAUUCUUGAAGGCCACGCCAUCCCUUCGCUCGACACUUGAAGACCCGCCAGCGUGUCUGCCAUGGAGCGACUCGAUGGCCUUUCUUGCCUCCUUUGAGGGAGCAGCUGCUGUUCGCCACUGGGCUCGAGGAGAGUGGGUGACCCGUCUCGCACCUUCCUCCGGCAGAGAAGCGGACCGAGCUUCAAGCCCCCUGAACGUCACCGAGGUGGGGUCCUCCGGGAAGGGUAGGGAAGACUUUGUGGGGACAGAGAUGCAGGACCCACAGCUGUGUCCGCAGAAGGCCGAGGGCCUCCGGGAGGUUUGCUACCGACUCCGGGAGCUUUGCCAACAGUGGCUGACGCCCAAGACACCCAUGGAGGAGCAGGUACUGGAGCUGGUGAUCCUGGAGCAGUUCCUCUCCAUCUUGCCCCUGGACAUGCAGAGCUGGGUCAGGGAGCGCUGCCCGGCAGCGUGUGCCCAGGCAGUGGCCCUGGCUGAGGCCUUCCUGUUGAGGUGUCGAGAGGCCGAGAAGCAGCAGCGUGAGCUUUUCCCUUUUCAGCCCCGCCACCCUGCACUGAUGCAAGACCUUCACUGCUGCUGUUGCAGGUCCCGGGGCCUCUUGAGACGACGGCUCUGAACUUCUCAACGGCUGAGAGGAAACUUUCCAACAUCUGGCAGAAACACCCCAGCAGAGGGAGCAAGCUAG